AUGAGAGCGGGAAAAAAAAUUGAAACAGUUACUGAAUAUGUAGAGAAUAGUGAAAAAAAUUCUGUGGAUCUGGACCAAGCGUUGAACAUUGCAGGUUUCGGCUGGUACAAUGCAAAAUACUGUCUAGUAUUAGCAUUAUUCCUAAUAGCAGCUAUAGUCGAACCAGUAGGGUACUCAUUCGUACUGCCGGCGGCGAAAUGCGAUCUCCAGCUGACUGAUGCUCAACGAGGUUUUAUCGCGUCAAUUCCUUAUAUAGGUAUUGUAAUAACCUCAUAUCCAUGGGGCUACAUUGUGGACACACAGGGACGCAAGCGCACGCUGAUCUAUAGCUCAAUGGCCGCCGGUUUCUUCGGUAUGCUGUCUGCGUUCAUGCCAGAACGUAUUAGCUUCAUUGUUUGCAAAUUUAUGAAUGCUCUGUGCAUAGCAAGCCCAGCAGCUGUGCCGUAUACGUUCAUAGGAGAAAUAGUUCCUCAAAGAAACAGAGACCUCACCAUGUCCGUGGUUAACGCUAUGCAGAUCCUGGGCUCUGCAUUAGUUCCUUUAUUAGCCUGGGCCAUUCUUCCAACAAAUUUCAGAGCAAACUUUGGACUUUAUGACUUCAGCCCCUGGAGACUACUAGUCAUAUUAAAUUCAGCUUUAUUCGUCAUAGCAGCUACACUUAUGGCUUUUGGUUCGGAGAGUCCUAAAUACCUCGUCGCCCAGGGUAAACACGAUGAGGCUAUCAAAGUAUUGCAGACAAUUUACUCGGGAAACAAAGGAAUAUCACCUGAAGAUUACCCUGUUAAAAGUUUGAAAAUGCCUAACUCAAAUGAGCUGGAGAAACGCGGCAUAAUGACUUCUCUCAAAGAUCAAACAGUUCCUCUGAUGAAGCCUAGGCUCUUAAAAUGGCUGGCUCUCAACGGGUUCUUGUUUUUCGGAGCUUUUGCUACAUUGAACGGACUGUACGUAUGGGUUCCAGAUAUCCUUAAUCGUGUGAUCAGUGGCAACGGGGAGGAUAUGACUGCUUGCCAGGUUAUAGCGCAAAGAUUUAAUCAGGAUCGCAAAAAGACCUUACUAGUGAUCGUAUUUUGUUUGAUUGGAGUCUUCUGUAUUCUCAUAAAUUUCAUAACGGAUCCUAUGGGUUUCGCUGUGCUCUUGUCCUCAUUGCCUAUAAUGGGUUUGACCAUAGGACCUAUUAAUUCUUUCGCUGUAGAAAUCUUCCCUACACAAUUGAGAGGCAUGGCGAUCAGUCUUAGUAUGAUGAUGGGUCGUAUAGGCUCCAUAGUAGGAACAAACGUGGCCGGAGUGCUUAUCAACGUCGUUUGUGAAGCUACCUUUUACUUGUUCGGUGGUUUGCUUUUAUUGUGCGGUCUUCUAACAUUUCUAUUGCCAAGAUCUCAGCCACCUCUGGAACAAUUUAAGCUAUCUACACACCUUUAAUAACUCGUUGUUAUUCUUUUAAAGUAUAGCUUAUUAUGUGGAACUAUUUAUUCCUGUAGACAUUAUAUAACGAUGCCUACAGUCGAUGCGCCUAGAACGAGCGUUGUAACAUACAAC